GGAUCACUUUCUCUAACGGGCGAUCGGACCUCGCCCUCCCCAGCCCAGGAGCGCCCAGAUCGGGGUUCAGGGCGGGAGGAGGCGGGGACGGCGGCCCGCAGCGCAGCUCCCGCCCCGGCCGCUCCCUCCCUCCCGGCCCCGCGCCCCGCCCGCAGCCCGCAGGCGGCCCCUCCCGCGCCGCCCGCUCAGCCUCCGCCGCCCAAACUUUUCUCCCAGCGCCUCUCCCCGCAUGGGCGCCCCGCUGCCCGGGGCCUGAGCCCGCAGCCAGGUCCGCCCGCAGCGCCAUGGCGGCCCGCGCGCCCCCCGCCGCACCUGCGGCGGACGAGCCGGGGGGUCCGGGCAGCCCCCCGCGCAGGAAGAAGUCUCGCUCGGGCGCGUCCGGCCUGCGCCGCGCCUUCAGCUGGCUGCGGGGCAAGAGGCGCAAGAAGAAGGCGGCGGGGGCCGAGGGCUCCGAGCCGGCCGCCCCCCGGGCCAAGAAGGCGGACGACAAGGCCAGGAAGGCCAAGGGGAAAGGCCGAGGUUCUGCCAAGUCCGAGAGUGACAAACGUCUGAGUGUAGGUCCAGGCCAGGGACAAAGAUCUGUAAUUGAUGACCACCAGGACAACGUCUUCUUCCCUAGUGGGCGACCGCCUCACCUGGAGGAGUUGCAUACGCAGGCCCAGGAGGGACUCCGUUCCCUGCAGUACCAAGAAAAACAGAAGCUGAACAGGGGUGGCUGGGACCAUGGAGACACCCAGAGCAUUCAGCAGUCUUCCCAGACAGGGCCGGAUGAAGAUAGCAUCUCCUUCUGCAGCCAGUCUACAUCCUACACAGCCGAGAGCUCCACGGCAGAGGAUGCGCUCUCUAUCCGCUCAGAGAUGAUCCAGCGCAAAGGCUCCACCUUCCGACCCCAUGACUCCUUUCCCAAAUCAGGGAAGUCAGGGCGGCGGCGGCGGCGGGAACGGCGCAGCACGGUACUGGGGCUGCCACAACAUGUGCAGAAGGAACUGGGCCUGCGGAAUGAGCGUGAGGCACCCGGCACUCCUCGGCCUCCUGGUCCUCGGGAUGCUGUACGAAUCCCCACCGUGGAUGGCCACCCUGCAGGCCUGGCUUCUGGGACUGGGGUUCGAGUGUCCCUGCAGACACUGGAGGCAGAGGCCAAUGCUGAGACAGAGGCCACAUUGCAGUGCCACAUAGAUCGUGUCUACCGAGAUGACACCCUUGUCGGCCGGUCCACGGGGGCCCGGCCCCCACCUCUGACCCGGCCCAUGUCCCUGGCAGUGCCUGGAAUGACAGGAGGGGCAGGGCCUGUGGAGCCCCUGAGCCCGGCCAUGUCCAUCUCACCUCAGGCCACCUACUUGUCGAAGCUCAUCCCUCAUGCUGUGCUGCCCCCCACAGUGGAUGUGGUGGCCCUGGGCCGCUGCAGUGUGCGCACACUGAGCCGCUGUAGCCUGCUCUCUGCCAGCCCAGCCUCCGUCCACUCACUCGGCCGAUUCUCCUCGGUCUCCAGCCCCCGGCCCCGCAGCCGCCACCCUUCCUCCUCCAGUGACACCUGGAGCCACUCUCAGUCCUCCGAGACCAUUGUGUCUGACGGCUCUACCCUCUCCUCUAAGGGAGGCUCUGAGGGCCAGCCGGAGGGCUCUGUGGCUAGUGCUAGUGUGGCCCCUCCCCCCCAGGGGGGCAGCGGGAGGGGCUCUCCCAGUGGGGGCAGCACUGCUGAGGCCUCAGACACUGUCAGCAUUCGGAGCAGUGGGCAGUUGUCUGGCCGAAGUGUGUCCCUGCGUAAGAUGAAGCGGGCCCCACCACCUCCCCGCAGGACCUACUCACUUCAUCAGCAUCAGCGGGGCUCAACCUCACCGGAUGGGCCUACAGGGCUGCCUCCCAAGCCUGAGCGGAAGCAGCAGCCCCAGCUGCCAAGGCCGCCCACCACUGGUGGGUCAGAAGGGACUGGAGCAGCACCUUGUUCGUCCAACUCAGCAGGCCGCUGGGUGCCUGGUUUGUCUCCAGGUGGCUCUCGGCGGCCCCCGCGUUCCCCAGAACGGACGCUCUCCCCCUCCAGUGGCUACUCAAGCCAAAGUGGUACCCCUACUCUCCUUCCCAAAGUCCUAGUAGGGGCCCCUCCUUCCCCAGGCAAAAUCCAACCUCCUAAACCAGAGCGAGUCACUUCCCUUCGAUCUCCUGGGGCCUCUGUCUCCUCCUCCCUCACAUCUCUGUGCUCCUCCUCCUCUGACCCAGUGCCCUCUGCUCCACACACGUCAGCCACCCUGGGUGAUAGGUUUGUCAUCCCCCCUCACCCCAAGGUACCUGCCCCCUUCUCGCCACCUCCCUCCAAGCCCAAGAACCCUAACCAAGCUGCCCCUGCUGUGGCUGCCCCAGCAGUAGCCCCUGGGCCUGUCUCUCUCACUGGUGCCAGUCCUGAGUCCCUUCCUGCUUCCCAGACAUCCCUGGCCCCACCACAGAGGUCUCUCAUUGCCUCCAAAGACCAGUCACCCCCACCAUCCCCACCCCCCUCUUAUCACCCACCCCCACCACCCACUAAGAAGCCAGAAGUGGUAGAGGACGCCCCAUCUGCCCCAGAGUCCACUGAGGAACCUCUCCAAGAUCCCAACUGGCCCCCACCUCCACCUCCGGCCCCUGAGGAGCAAGACCUGUCCAUGGCCGACUUCCCCCCGCCUGAAGAGGCCUUUUUCUCUGUGGCUGGCUCUGAGCCUGCUGGCCCUUCAGUCCCCCCAGAGCUUGCCAGUUCUCUGGUUCUUCUAUCUUCAGCCACUGUCCCAUCCUGUAGUACCCCUGACCCUCCUCCACCUCCUCCUGCUGCUUCUGUCACAGGGUCUGUGACCAAAGCCCCUCGGAAGGAACCAGUGAGUUGCAGCAAGACCACUGGGAUGCCCAAGGAGGAUGCUGGCACACCCCUGGUCACCCCCUCACUCUUGCAGAUGGUGCGCUUGCGCUCUGUGGGUGCCCCCACUGGGCCUCCAACUCCAGCAUCUGGGUCACCAGCCCCUCAGAAGCCACUCCGAAGGGCCCUGUCAGGGCGGGCCAGCCCAGUGACUGCCCCCUCUUCUGGGCUCCAUGCUGCUGUCCGACUCAAGGCCACCAACCUGGCUGCCAGUGAGGGUCCACUGAGUGCACAGCCCAAUGGACCACCUGAGGCCGAGUCACGGUCCCCCCAAUCCCCUGCCUCCACAGCCAGCUUCAUCUUCUCCAAGGGCACUAAGAAGCUGCAGCUGGAGCGGCCCGUGUCCCCUGAGGCCCUUGCUGACCUCCAGCGGAAUCUGGUGGCAGAACUUCGGAGUGUCUCAGAGCAGCGGCCACCCCAGGCUACCAAGAAGUCACCCAAGACUCCCCCACCUGUGGCCCGCAAGCCCUCUGGGGGGGUACUUGCACCCACCUCCCCUGGCUUUCCUCGGGCUGAGCCCCCAACUGCCCCCAGCAAUGGGCUCCCUCAUGCCAAGGACAGGACUCAAGGGGAGCUGGCAGAGAAUGGAGGUGUUAUGCACCUGGUGGGCCCCGAGGAGCAGAAGCCACCUGGCUCAGACCCACAGAAAGAGCUGGUCUGACCACCAGGCACCCACUGGCCCUGCUGACCCAUCCCAGGAAUACAAUCUCAGGGACCUGAGCAGCUCCAAGGAUGAGAGGAUAUGGCAGACACAGCCUGAGAGAGGAUGCCUGCAGCCUUAACCUCCAAGCCUUCAACACUUAUGCAGCAAGCCUGGUGGCGACCCUGUCCUCCAAGUCAUCCUGCUCUCAUGCCUUUUAGGGAAUGGAUCCACUCACUUCUGGUGGCUGCCACUUCAUCCUUUGGCCUUAAGCCUUUUCUUGAAGGAGGUGGUUUGCAGGAGUGGGUGGCUGCACCCCCUGCUGGCCUCGAGGCCACAGAGUUGGUUGCAGAACACCUCACUUGAACUUCAUUCCCCAUCCCCCCUUUUAGUUUUUUGUUGGAAUCAUGCACACACUGUAGUCCAGAAUCAAAGCACUUUGAAAAAGUGGCUUUAUGUCCAUCCUCCUGUGAAGCCACAUUCCAAGGGCCUGUUUACAUGGUGACAGCAUCAGUACCUGGUAGCCAUCUCAUGGCUGGGACCAGCCUAUCCUCCCUCCAGUCCAGUUGGCUCCUUUUAGUUCUUGGAGGUGGGCAAGUCAGUGUACUCCCUACAGGCUUUUCCAGGCUGGAGGCAAGUGUGGGGCCGUGGAGUUCCAAAGCACAAAAGGUGCAGUGAGGAGUUAUCCUUCCUGUACCUCAACUUAACCACCAACCACCCUCCUGCCUUCCAAUUCUGCUAGGUGCUCCAUGCAGGGAACAGAUGGGAGACUGCCAGAGCCCAAACACACGGGUGGUGGUUUGGGGCUGGGGAGCUAACAUCAGAGGGCAGGGCCACAAACUGUCCUCAGAGCUGGGCAUGUGGCACUGCCAGCCAUCUGCACCUUGCUUCACUUAGUGUGGCUGGGCUGGGUGUGUACAACACUUGAGAGGCAGAAGCCCAUGGGCUGUGGUGAGAGGUGUCCCUUUCAGCUCUGCAGAAAGUGGACGGAUGGAGGGGUAGGUUUGGCAAGUGAGCCCAGAGUUGAUCUCUUGGGUUUCACUCUGCCCCGUCUUACUCGACUCGGUGCAUCUUUCUGCAGCUGCCUUUCAGCACAGGUGGGUCUAUUUGGGGCUGGAGGUGGGGAAAGCUGAGGCUGAGUAACAAGGGUGGGAAGCCAGAGGUGCAUUCUCUUCCAGACCCUUUCCCUACUUGAUGCCAGGCAGGGGGCAUUCAGUUCUCCUAGGGAGCAGGCUGGGUGGUUGCCCCCAGACAUGAACCUCUGCUACUGUUCUCUCCCCCCGCAGGAAUCUUUACACUUUUCUGUCUUCAGCCUUUGCCACUUGCCUAGGUAAAGCUGGCUCUCCCACCGGCCCAUGGCCCCGCAGGGGUGGCCCUCGUGCCUCCUUCCAUAGUAUUGUGGCUGCCAAGCAGUGCCACCCCUUCUGUUUUGAUCCUCUGUUCACCACUGACUUGGGCUUGACCUUGCAAGGAACCUCACUUUUAGCUGCUUCUUCACCAAGGGGAGGAUGACCCCUUUUGCAGGAGCAAGAGCUGGGAGCACUGGGGAUAUAGUGAGAGCUCAGGUUCCCUCAGCCCUCCCUCUCAGUACUAUCAUCUUCCUGUAGCUGUAGACCAAUGUUCUUCCAUCAGAUGACGGAGAGCAGCUGCUGGGUAUGUGCUGUGCCUGCCCAAUGUGCUGGCAAGAGGACAGUCCAUAAGCAUGGCUCCGUUCAGAGCUGAUUUUCCCCUGCCUACCCCCUGCCAGGACUGGCCAAGGCCUGUAUGAAAUCAGGUCCUGGCAGCAGCCUUGGAGCUACUUGGAGGGAGGAAGGAGCCCAAUCCCCACCCCAUGUUACUUAAGCUCCUUGUUCUCAGACUUCUCUGAGUUUGUUUCCCCACUGGGUGGGACCGCGUGCAAAAGAGAAAGGAGGAUCUAGAAGAGGCAACUCCUCUUUGUCUUUUGGCGUAAAUGAGUUUGAUCUAGUGCAAAUGGAGAGACCAAAUGCCUGAUUUUUAAUUUCCAUUAAAAAAUGUUAGAAGUAUAUAUAAAAUAUAUAUAUUUCUUUAAAUUUUUGAGUCUUUGAUAUGACUAUACAAACAAUCCUCUGUUCUGAAGCCUGAGCAAGACACAUGAAAAGGCUGUCUCAUUCAAAGGUGUUAAUUAAAUGAUUAAAACUG